UCACGCAAAUACAAUCCGACCUCCGGUUCGUCUCCCUCUCUCUACCUCUGGCUCUCUCUGUGUCCUUCUCUCUCUAUCUGCUUGCAAAAUGCAAGCUUAAAGCCCUGUAGCCCAGACACCGUCAUUGACGAGGAUGGGCAAAGCAGCACAGUGGUUCCGUGGCUUCCUCGGCCUGAAGAAGCAGGACCCAACCUCUUCAACUUCCACAGCUCCAAAACCUUCCAAAGAAAAACGAAGAUGGAGCUUCGUAAAGUCAUACAGAGAGAAAGACCAGCGGCACUACGCCACCAAACACGGCUACGAGACGACGACACCAGCACCAGCACCAGCACCAGUACCAGUACCAGUACCAGUACCAGCAGCAACAACAACAAUGACAAGAAAGUCGUACAAGCAGAUGGCGGUUCACCUCGAAGAAGGCGUGGUGGAUCCCAGCAAGCACGCAAUCGCGGUGGCGGCCGCGACGGCUGCUGUAGCGGAGGCUGCUCAGGCGGCAGCGCAGGCGGCGGCCGCGGUGGUCAGGCUAACAAGCAGCGGGCGGUGCGCCAGCAACACCGCAGCGUACGCUAGUGGGAGCCUUGUUGGGGCUCGUGAAGAGUUGGCCGCUGUAAAAAUUCAGGCCGCUUUUCGAGGCUGUUUGGCACGGAGGGCACUGCGAGCAUUGAAAGGAUUGGUGAAGCUUCAGGCGCUGGUAAGAGGUCACAUUGAGAGGAAGCGGACAGCGGAGUGGUUACAGAGGAUGCAAGCAUUGUUGCGAGCGCAGGCACGAGCAUGUGCUGGGCGGGCCCAAAUUUCAGAGUCUUCGCAUUCAAGCAGCAAAUCUUCUCACCAAAAUGCCGGUCCAGCAACUCCUGAAAAGUUUGAGCAUGUGAUCAGACACAAGAGUUCAAAGCACGAUCAGUCACCAAUUCUCAAAAGAAAUGGCUCAAGACCAAACGGACAACUUCUUGGCGAUCAAGACAAAGCUCACUUAGGUUGGAAUAGAUCUGAUAGUCGAAGGGAGGAACGAUCAUGGGAUCAACGGGGGUGUUCAAUAAGGACUGGCACCUUGGAUGAUGAAAAGAGCGAUAAGAUCCUUGAAAUCGAUACCGGAAAAUCUCACUUCACAACUAAACACAAAAACCUCUUCCACUCUUCUCAUCAUGUUCUCGUCUCUGAUCAACAUAGCCAUAGCUUUACCACUUCAAAGGACUCAACCGCCCAUCAAACUGUUCCAAGUCCAUCUUCUUUUGAAGUCCAAUCUUUGAGCCCGUUGAAAUUCUCUCAGGAAGCUGAAGAUUGCUCUUUCCACACUGCUGAUAAUAGCCCUCAAGUGUUUUCUGCAUCAUCUAGAGGUGGUGGUUCAAAAAGAAGCCCCUUCACGCCCACAAAGAGCGAUGGCUCAAGAAGCUACUUAAGUGGUUACUCUGACCACCCAAACUACAUGGCUUAUACCGAAUCUUCAAGGGCCAAGCUGAGAUCUCUCAGUGCUCCUAAACAAAGGCCGCACUAUGAGAGGUCUAGUUCUACAAAAAGAUAUUCUGUUCAUGGCUUUGGUGAAUCAAGAUUGAGUGCACCAAAGGUUUCUAAUUUGCACGCAGACUUUGCAAGUAAAGCUUACCCAGGAUCUGGUCGCUUGGACAAGCUUGGGAUGCCAGUGGGCUACAGAUACUAAUGUGUUAAUACAGAUCCGCUCUUUUUGGUAUAACAUCUAAUCUGGCUAACUGCUGUACUCAGUAGCAAUUCUAAUUUACAACAUAUGAAUGUUCAAGUGCUGAAAGCCUUUUCAUA